AUAAUACAAGUCGUUUUUGAAACUUCAACUUAUGGCACCAAAUUUCUGGUCAAAUUCACACUCUCCUUCUUUGUCGUCUUUCUUCUUCGAUGUUCCAUGAAUCUUUAGUUUGGUGAACGCCUUUGAUUGCUUGAUUUGAAGAAGAAGAAGAAGAAGAAGCAGCAGCAGAAGCAGCAGCGAAGAGCGUCAUGGGCGGCCGAAAGGAUCUCUUUCUGUUCACGUUCCUUGUUCCGGUGAGUUUGAUCGCCGCCGCCGCCUGGAACUCCGGCAUGGCGGCGGAAGGCAAACCUCGGAGAAUUCUCCUGGACACUGACAUGGACACCGACGAUAUCUUCGCCCUCCUCUAUCUCCUGAAGCAGAACCGAUCGCACUUCGACCUCAAGGCUGUCACGAUCAAUGCGAAUGCCUGGUCCGAUGCCGGCCACGCUGUGAAUCACGCCUACGACAUUCUUUACAUGAUGAACCGCGACGAAAUUCCGGUGGGAGUCGGCGGCGACGGCGGAAUCCUCGACGACGGCACCAUACUUCCUGAUGUCGGCGGCUACCAUCCUCUGAUCGAGCAGGGCACGUCGACUGCCAGCUACUGCCGGUACCGGCAAGCCAUUCCCAUAGGCGGCUCCGGCGGACGGCUAGACGUCGACACUAACUUCGGCUUCAGGAGGCGCCUUCUCCCUCAGGGUAAAAGGAGGUACGUCCCCCUGAAGCAGCCCACAGCUCAACGGGUGCUGGCCGACACAAUCUCCGCAGGGCCAACCACGUUGCUCGCGAUCGGCUCGCACACGAACAUCGCGCUGUUUCUGAUGACCCACCCUCGCUUGAAGACCAACAUCGAGCACAUCUUCAUCAUGGGCGGAGGCGUGAGGUCGAGCAACCCCACGGGAUGCUGCCCUGUCAACGGAAGCUCUUCCUGCAAGCCGAGGCAGUGCGGCGAUCACGGCAACUUGUUCACGGCAUACGCCGGCAAUCCCUACGCAGAGUCCAACAUUUUUGGAGAUCCUUUCGCUGCGUACCAGGUGUUCCAUUCUGGGAUUCCAGUAACCCUCGUGCCACUGGACGCGACCAACACGAUUCCUAUAACCGAGAACUUCUUCGAUGAAUUCGAACGCAGGCGAGGAACAUUCGAGGCGCGAUACUGCUUCGAGUCGCUGAAAAUGACUCGCGAUACGUGGUUCGAUAACCAGUUCUACACAAGCUACUUCAUGUGGGACUCGUUUGCUUCGGGCGUGGCGGUGUCGAUCAUGAGAAACGGCGACGAUUAUUAUGGAGAAAACGAGUUCGCGGAGAUGGAGUUCAUCAACAUGACGGUGGUCACUUCAAACGAGCCUUACGGCGUGCACGACGGCUCGAACCCCUUCUUCGACGGACGUAGCGUUCCCAAGUUCAAUCUGCAGAAACUGGGAGUGCAUAGUGGCCAUGUUCAAACCGGAAUUGACGAUCCAUUUUGCCUCCCUAAGGACGGUGGCAGAGGAAGAUGUGAGGAUGGAUACACCAAGGAGGUAACCGGCCCUGAAUCUGUUCGAGUGCUGGUCGCGGAGAGAGCGAAACCUAAUCAAGAUGUUCGUAGUCCACUGAACAGAGAGUUCUUCGGGAGCUUCUUGGAUGUUCUCAAUUUCCACCGCCAUUCAGGUCGAUUCAACUGGUCGACGCAGUUUCCUUAUUACAGAGAAACUCUGUACAAGCCGAAUUUUGCAGGCCGGAGCAGGGGAAGGCCUGUGGUAUUCGACAUGGACAUGAGUGCCGGAGACUUUCUUGCCCUGUUCUAUCUGCUCAAGGCGCCUCGUGAGACGAUCGACCUCAAGGGAAUCUUAGUGAACGGCAAUGGCUGGGCCAAUGCCGCGACGAUCGACGUCAUCUACGACGUUCUUCACAUGAUGGGCCGCGACGACAUUCCGGUGGGUCUGGGAAGUGUCACCGCUCUAGGCACUCCGAGCCUCGGCUGCAAGUUCGCACAGGCCAUUCCGCACGGCAGCGGCGGAUUCAUCGACUCCGACACGCUGUUCGGACUGGCGCGUGCAUUGCCCAGGAGUCCCCGAAGGUACACGGCUGAAAACUCCGUCGAGUUUGGAGCUCCAAGAGACACCGAUCGACCUUCGCUCCGGCAGCCUCUAGCUCUGGAAGUUUGGCGGUCCGUUUCAGAAGCAUCGAGUCCGAGGAACAAGAUCAGUGUGCUGACGAAUGGACCUCUUACCAACUUAGCCAGCAUCAUUGCAUGGGACAAAAAUGCAGCUAAAAUCAUAGAGCGUGUCUACAUAGUCGGAGGACAAGUCAGUAGUGGGGGUGUGAAGAAUGAGACUGGAAAUGUCUUCACCGUGCCCACAAACAAAUUUGCAGAGUUCAACAUGUUCCUCGAUCCUUCAGCAGCGAAGCAGGUGUUCCGGUCCGACCUGUCGAUCACUCUUCUUCCUCUCAGCGCUCAGCGGAAGGUGGCCUCCUUUAAGAGGAUCCUGGAAACACUGAGACUUGCAGAAAAGACUCCUGAAUCCAAUUUCGUGCGUCGGUUGCUAUCGUUGCUCCACAAAUUACGACAGGAUGAAUCAAAACUUUACCAUCAUGUGGACAUGUUUUUGGGGGAACUCAUUGGAGCUGUUUUCUUGGUCGAUCAUUCUAAGCUAAAUCCAGUGAUAGAAACAAAGCCUAUUAAAAUCUUAACCGGAAGCAUGAGCGAGGACGGGCAGAUUAGAGUGGACGAGAGACAUGGAAAGCCAGUUGACAUAGUAGAUGAUCUCGACAGCGAAGCAUACUACAAUGUGUUUGCGAGUUUGUUGGGUGACAAGAAGCAGUCUGCAGUUAUUGGGAGCUAUGAGGAACAGAAGAAGCUGUGGAACACUCCUCCUCAGUAAAGAAGUGAUUUUUUUUUUUCUGAAUUCCAACUUAAUUGUACGAGAGAUCUUCAUAGCUAUUUAUCUCUGAAGAUAAUUACUCAUUUCCUUACAUGUAAAGCAAACAAUCUCGUGUAAUGUAAUGUAGCUGUGGCCGUAGGUGAAUAUUCUUUUUGUAUACUGUUCGUUUGUGUCUGUGUAUGAAUAUCGAGACAUUUUAAAAAA